AUAUAUCACGGCAUGCGGGUCAUCCGCACCGAUGCCAGCAGUGGGGGCAGUCCCAGCUCUUCUGCUCCGCUGCCACUUUCCUACGGGCCGGACACCGGACUACUCGACAGAGGCUACGCGGGCUCUUGCUCUGCCAUGCUAAAAGUGGCCCAAAUGUUAUUGUUGCUGAUUGGAUUCAUUUGUGUAAGAUCUUCACAGUGGACAGAUCACAAUGCAUACAGCUACUUUGAAAUUGUCUGCGUAUAUGACUUAAUUAUGAUCUUCAUCUUUUACAUUAUCUACAUCUUUAGAGCCUAUCGAAAGUUGACUUGCAUCAGGUGGCCACUUGCGGAGUUUCUUCAUUACCUAAUAGGUACUAUUCUGCUUCUUAUUGCAUCCAUUGUGGCAGUUGCAAAAAGCUCCAAUUCAGCAGGCCUGGUAGCUGGAGCGGUUUUUGGAUUCUUAGCUACAUUUAUGUGCUUCCUAAGUAUAUGGCUCUCUUACGAAGUCUCUUGUAACACUCAGUCAGCAGAUGCUACCAUGUGAGUCUUUUGCUACUUCAAAAUGUGCACACCUGUUGAGGGAAGAGCUUAGAAAAACAUGCAAGAUGGAAUGGUAUACUGAGAUACAGUGACUCUGAAAAGCAUUCUUACUAGGCAUAGAGUGCCAUCUUCUGGCACUUUUCAGCUACUCCUAGGGCUACUGUACAGUAGCCUGUUUCAUCUAGUCAAAUUUUUGGAUCCUGGAAGACAAGAAGGGCUGCAGUAAAAGAUCCUAUUGGAAGGAAAGGGUCUGUUUUUUAAACAAAAAGAAAUGACCCUUUUUUAAUUCCAGCUGCCAAUAUUUCACAGAUUGUAGACCAAUCUUUAUGACCUGAGGAGAAUUCAAAUUAAAAAAUCAAAAUGGAAAGUAUAUUCUGCAUCAACCCAGCUGUGACUGGCAAAGGUUGGAAACAUUCAUCAUGAACCAAUAACCGUUGCAUCUCAGAAAUUGUUUUCUUACCUCUCUGCAUUUCCUGCCUUUUGGUUCUAGCUCUUAAAAUGCACGUCUCAUUUAACCUGCUUGAAUAUGAGUUUGCUUUAAUAAGAUGGUUCCACCUCAACUUUUGGAUUGUGCGCCCCUUAAUUAGUAUGAAUUUCUUUUGUGGGGCAAAAUUUUAAAUGCUCUAGUUCAACCAUACAGUUUAAAUUUUUAUAUUCUUUUGAUUUCUUUGGUUAGUUUUUAUUUCUCUUGCCAUGUAUUUUUAUUAUAUUUUUAUAACUGUAUACCUAUCAAUAUAAGAUCCAUUAAGAAUGAAGAAUGUUUACUAAAAA